UAUUAUUGAUAACAAAACAAGAUACAUGAAGUGGAGAGCAUUUUAAUUAGUUUAUAGUUAGAAAGACAAACAAGUAAUUGUGAGAAGAUGUUGGAUGCAGAGGUUAACGAGACUAAGCAAUCUGCUUGUGCCUCUUCUUGGUCGCUUCUAAACUUCAGAAGAUGCAUUUCUUCAAGUUCACCAGCAGAAAAGGAACCUACCCACAACCCCAAGAAGCAAUCUGGAGGAUGGAAGGCCAUGCCUUAUAUUUUAGGGAAUGAAACGUUUGAGAGGUUGGCGGUGUUUGGGUUGUUUGCUAACUUUAUGGUGUAUAUGACAAGAGAGCUUCACUUGGACCAAGUGUCUGCUGCUAACAUUAUCAACAUAUGGUUUGGGAUCACAAACUUCGCCCCGCUAGUUGGGGCCUUCAUUUCUGAUGCUUAUGUUGGUCGCUUCCGGACUAUAGCUUUUGCUUCAUUUGCUUCUCUUCUGGGAAUGAUCGUGGUGACUUUAACAUCAUGGUUGCCACAGCUGCACCCUCCACCUUGUACUCCCCUGCAACUAGCAUCGAAUCAAUGCGUUAGGGCAAGCAAUUCUCAAAUGGGUGUGUUGUUUUUGGGACUUUGUUUUCUAACCAUAGGCUCUGCUGGGGUAAGGCCAUGCAGUAUACCCUUUGGUGUAGAUCAAUUUGAUCCAACUACAGAUGAAGGAAAGAAAGGGGUCAACAGCUUCUUUAAUUGGUACUACACAACAUUUACAUUGGUAUUAUUGGUCGCUCAAACAGUUGUGGUUUAUAUCCAAGAUUCUGUGAGCUGGACAUUAGGUUUGGGAAUACCAACUGUGUGCAUGUUUUGCUCCAUAAUCAUGUUCUUUGUUGGAACAAGGGUUUAUGUGUACGUAAAGGCGGAAGGAAGCAUUUUUUCUGGUAUUGCCCAUGUUCUUGUGGCUGCCUACAAAAAGAGAAAAGUUAAGCUUCCAAGUCAGGACAAGGCAGACGGAGUUUUCUAUGAUCCUCCACUGACUGGGACAGUUAUCUUGUCAAAGCUUCCUUUAACCAAACAAUUCAGGUCCUUGAACAAAGCUUCUCUAAUAAUGGAGGGUGAUCUAAAACAAGAUGGGAGCAGAGUAAAUCAGUGGAAACUUGCAAGCAUCCAACAAGUAGAAGAGGUUAAAUGCAUAGCAAGAAUUUUACCAGUCUGGGCAGCUGGGAUCUUUAGUCUAAUUUCCAUGUCACAACAAGGAACAUUUAUUGUGUCACAAGCCAUGAAAAUGGACAGAAAUCUGGGACCCAAAUUUCAAAUCCCAGCUGGUUCCCUUGGAGUCAUAUCAUUAAUUACCAUAGCUUUGUGGGUUCCAUUCUAUGAUCGAUUUGUAGUACCAGCACUAAGAAAAAUGACAAAGCAUGAAGGGGGCAUCACUCUCCUUCUAAGAAUGGGAAUUGGCAUGGUGUUCUCUAUUCUUUCUAUGAUUGUCUCUGGCUUGGUUGAAAAAGUGAGAAGAAAUUCUGCAAAUUCAAAUCCAAGUCCACUAGGUAUUGCUCCCAUGUCAGUCUUGUGGCUAGCCCCACAGCUUAUCCUUAUGGGUUUCUUCGAGGCCUUCAAUAUGAUAGCACAAAUUGAGUUCUUUAAUAGGCAAUUUCCUGAACACAUGAGAAGCAUUGGUAAUUCCUUGUUCUCGUGUUCUUUUGCUAUGGCUAAUUAUAUGAGCACCAUUAUAGUCAACACAGUUCAUCAAACCACCCGAACACAUAGCCAUCCAGAUUGGUUGACAAAUGAUAUAAAUGCUGGUAGGUUAGAUUAUUUUUACUACCUCAUAGCAGGGAUAGGGGUCCUGAACUUCAUCUAUUUUGUCUAUGUUGCUAGAGGAUACCAAUACAAGGGAAAUGUUGAUCUCCAAGAUAAUCCUCAUGAUGUUGAGUUAGGAUCAUGCAAGGCCUAAAAGAAAGAUAAGAUUAUCAUGCUGUUAUAUAUGUAUGAAGACUUUACAUGAAUAAAUU